AUGGCGACGGCUGGCAGGCAGACGCUGACGUCAUCGGGGUCGGGCAAGAUUGAGCAGGCGAAUCUGGUGGCCGUUCGAUUCGAAUUUAAAAUUCACCUCGUCGAGGUCAGCUCCGCCCCCCGUCUGCCUCCGCUGGUCCCACUUCCCCGCCCGCCCCACGUCCCCCUUCUCCCUUCCCCCUUCCCGCUUCCCGCUUCCCCUUCCUCACUUCCCACCCCCUCUCUCUCCCUCUUCGCCCCCUCUCUCUCCCUCUUCGCCCCCUCUCUCUCCCUCUUCGCCCCCUCUCUCUCCCUCUUCGCCCCCUCUCUCUCCCUCUUCCCCUCAUCCCCUCGUGCCCCCUACCCCGCCAACCGCCCACCAUGGCGGCAGCUGCUCGGGUGGCUGCGCGCCUCCCCGCCGCUCAUCAUCCGCUGGCAGCGCGGGGACAGCCGCGCGGGCCUCUCGGCGCCUGUGUGGCCCCCCGACGGCCCCCACGUGCCGCUCAGCCACACCUUCCGGGUACGCUGCGGUGGGAGAGACAAUGGGGGCCGCGGGGCGAGUGGCACCGGGCAGUCACACCUGCGUCCCCCACGCAGCAACAAACCCCUCUCCACCCCACGCCCACGCUGCAUGCACCUCCCAUCUCCCCCACCUCCCACCAGCUUCUCCUUGCAUUCGCAUCCUCUCCUUCUCCCUCCCCCACUCCCUUCCCCUUUUCCCAACGUCUUCCCCUCCUCUCUAACACCAACCUCUUCCCAUCCUUCUUCUCCGCCCUCUCAACCACCCCUUACCCCCCUCAUUUCCCUCCAUUCUUCCCGUUCCCCACUCUUUCCCCCUUUUCGCCCCUCUUUCCCUGCUUUUCCCUCUUUCCUCCCCUUUCCCCUUUUUCCCCCACUUUCCCUCCCUUUUCCCCCUUUCCCCCUCCCGUUCCCCCUUUUUUCCCCCUUUUCCCCCUUUGCCUCCCUUUCCCCCCCUUUCCCCCCCUUAUUCCCCCCAUUUCCCGCCCGCCCUGUCCCCCUCGCCUGCGGGCAGAUCCCAGUGACGCUGUACAGGGAGAGGGGCGCCCCCACGGCGCCCUACCUGCGCAAGGCAGCCACCUUCACGCUCCACCACGCGCUGCCCGCCGCCGCCGCCCACCCGAGCCACCCACCCGAUGCACCAUCCGAGCCUGCCUUCCAGGCUCGGCCCGAGCCUCUGGGCCGGGCGCAGCUGGACCUGGCUGAGCUGGCGGACUGCGACGGGGCGGUGGAGCGCCGCCUCAAGGUGGCGCCCGGGCCCGCCAUGCUGGCUGACGUGGCGGCUGCUGAGAGGCCGGCGGGGGCGGUGCUGGUGGUGAGCGUGGAGUGCGUUGGGAAGAAGCUCAGCCGCGAGGCCGCCGCUGAGGAGGCCCUCAUAGUGCGGGCAGGGAGAGUGCGGGCAGGCAGAGUGCGGGCAGGUGUGGCUCGUGUGCUGCCAGAGCUGCUGCUUGGUGCUGCAUGCGUUGUGAGUCAGCGCCAUGCGUGGGGUGGGAGGCAUGUGUGGGUCAGCCUUGGGUGCAAAGGCUGCCAGCAUGGGCAAGCCAGCAUGGGCAAGCCAGCAUGGGCAAGCCAGCAUGGGCAAGCCAGCAUGGGCAAGCCAGCAUGGGCAAGCCAGCAUGGGCAAGCCAGCAUGGGCAAGCCAGCAUGGGCAAGCCAGCAUGGGCAAGCCAGCAUGGGCAAGCCAGCAUGGGCAAGCCACCAUGGGCAAGCCACCAUCCGUGCCGCUCCACUCCAUGCCCCCUCUCCAUCUGCUGCUCACUCCCCUUUCGCUGCUCUUGUGCCCCCCAUACGGUGCGCGUCGCCCGCCGUGGCAGCAGCAGGCAGCGCGGGGUCGUCGCUGGGCGACGGUGACUUCCCUGCCCUGCCCGCGCUGCCCCCCGCGGCAGGGGGCGCGCAUGCACAGGGCCACACGCACGAGGGGCCGCAUGGGCCAUGGCAGCACGAGCAGGCUGUAGCAGAGAGAGAGGCGCGUGGGGAAGAUGCGGGGAGGGUGGAGGCAGUAGCAGAAGAAGGCAGAGGGGAAGGAGUGCAGAGCGGUGGUGAGGUGGGCAAGCGCAAGCAGCAGAGGAAGAGCCGCAGAGGAGGCAGGGCAGGCUCAUGCGAUGGGGUGGGGGGCGGGAGGGAGACGGGGGGAGACGUGAGUGAGGAGGUGCGGAUAAAGGACGCUGUAGAGCGUGACGUGGCAGUGGGCGAUUCUGGACCUGUCUCUGCCACGUCAGCCCCCCCUUCCACAUUUGCAGUGUCUGCCAAGUCAGCAUCGUCUUCAUCCACCUCAUCACGACCUCCCUCCCACCCUCCAUCAGCCUCUGCUUCCCCUGUGCCCUCGCGCUCCUCCUCUGUCUCGUCAGCGACCUCUGCAUCCACGUCAGCUUCGGCAUCCACGUCAGCUUCGGCAUCCACGUCAGCAUCUGCUUCGUCAGCAUCCACAUCGGCAUGCAUGACGUCAUCAUCAUCACAUUCGCCGCUGGAGUCACCAGCAGCAUCCGCGCCCCCCUCCGCCUCCUCCAUGUCUGCCACACGCGCCUUCCGCCUCGCUGCUGCCACCCAUGCCCCCUCCCCUCGGCCUCAGGUACGGCCCCUCCCCUCGGCCUCACACUCUCCCCUCGGGACAUCCCCUCGCUGCUUCCCCUGCCUUCCUUCCCCCUCUACUUCCUCUCCCCUCCUCGUCAUCUCUGCUGCUCUGUGUGCGUCUCCUUCCUUUGACACGGCGCAGCGCAAGGCAGCGGGCAGGCGGCACUCGUAUGGCGGCCAGGAGCUCACCGCCAUGCAAGCCGCACUCACACUCCCGCCCGCCACCCCCGAUGCCACUGACGCUGGCAGCACCAGUGACAGCAGCACUGCCGGCAGCGGCAGGGGCAGCAGGGCGAGCAGGCGGCGGGGGGGGACGGGCAGCAGCAGCAUGGACGUGCCUGGCCGCCCCGCCACGGCGCUCACCCGCUUCAGCCGCCAUGCCAAACCCCCCCUCGCCACGCCCCCCUCCUCCCUCCCCCCCACUGCCUCUGCCACCCCCCUUGCCACGACCCCCCUUGCGUCACCGUCCGCCACCAGUGCGUUCUCAGCCCCUAACCUCCCAGCUCAGGCUGACGCGCCCCCGUCCCACGCCACCCCUGCUGCUGCUGCUGCUGCCGAGGGGGUGGGUGCUGGUGAGUCUGGGAAGGCAAGGCGUGGGAGUGGGAAGGAAAGAGCGGGUGGGAGUGGCAAGGAGAGGGCGCGGGGCAUGAAGCAGGUCGAAGCAGAGCUGCAGCAGAGGAGAGAGGCGACCGCAGCCCAGGCAGCAGGCGGCACGGCAGCGACAGCAGAAGCAGAGAGCGGGGCUGACGGGGCGGGGGAGGAUGAUCCGUGGGGGCAGCAGGUGGGGCAGGUGGCGGUGGUGCGCGGGCAGGUGAGGGCCACAUCGCUGGCAGAGCUGUACCGCGCGGCGGGGAGAGGCGGCGACCUGGACGGUGCAAGAAACGUGGCGCCGGCUCACGCCCUCCCCCAGGCGCUGGCACUCGCGUCCACGCCCCCCAGUGUGUGCCACCCCGUGCCCACCCAGCCCCACCCGUGCUUGCAGGCGAACCCCCCCAUGGCACCCCACCACGUGCAAAGCCCAGGCGCCGGCCCACCCCCAAACAACUCGCCCCCCUCAGCCGUCUCCCCCGCCACCGUCCCCCCCAUCGCUUCCCUGCCUUACCACAACGCCACUGCCCCUUUACCCUCCACCUCUGCUCCUCCUCCUGCCUCCACCUGUGCUCCUCCUCCUCCGGCCUCCGCCUCCGCGGCUCCCCCUUCCCACCACCCCCCGCCUUCUGCCUCCUCCCCCCCCGCCUCACACCCACCCUCCCACCGCGACCUGCUGGUGAGUGGCAGAGGGAAGGGGGACGGCAGAGGAGAAGGUCAUCGUGACAUUAGGGGGGCGCACAAGGCAGCCAACAGUCGCCGCCCGCACUCGCUGGCGGGGGGGGAGUUUGCUGCACUCAGGCUCGCCCACAACCCCACAGGAGGCUCUCCAGAAUCCACCACCGCUCUGCACCGCUCUCCACUCUCCUCGUCCUCCCGCCCGAUAAAUCCCGUUGCUGCUGUCGCCCUGGCCACUCUGCCCCGCCCCUCCACCUCCUCUCCUGCCCCUCCUGCUUCCCCUUCUGCUGGUGCAGCGGAUGAGAGUGGGAGUGGGAGGAAUCGGCAGAGCAAGAAGGGCAUGAGGCAGGCAGCUGGGGCUGGGCCGGCGGCAGCGGUGGUGCAGCAGUGGAUGGGAGCGGUGGUGGCAGCACAGCCUGCCAUGGUGGCAGCACAGCCUGCCAUGGUGGAUAUUCCACGAGCUGCCACCACGGGCAGCAUUCACACCACACCUGCCACCACCGCUGCUGCUGCUGCUGCUGCUCUAAGGAGGUGUGAGUCUGACGAUGCGCCCUGCCUGCCCGCUCACGCAGAGCACAUGGCGCAGGGAGGGCAGGGGGGCAUGCAGGGGAGGGCAGAGCACGUGGCCGCAGCGCCACCAUCAGCAGGCGCAGCACCCGCUCUGGCUGCCGGCACGCACAUGCCCCACCCCACGGCACUCGCCCAUCACCCACCUCUCCCCUCCGCCUUCUCUCGCCCUCUGCUGCACCUUGCUCCCACUGCCCUCGCCUCCUCUUCCCCUGCCAUGUCAGCUGGCUCUCCUGUGACGUCCGCAGGGUCGCCUGCCAUGCCAGCAGGAUCCCCAGCCUCUCUGUCCAAUGAGCGCGCGCCACGUGGCGCACAGCAGGCAGCAGCGGUGGCGGAGCUGAGGAGCAAGCUGAGGGUGCUGCUGGCGCCGCCACUGCGUGCAGUGGGGCAGGAAGGCAUGAGGGCGUGCGGGGUGGGGGAGUGUCACGAUGUGGGCAGGCAGGGAGGAGCAUGCAGUGAGGAGGCCCAACUGCCGUCAGCUGUGGCGACUGCACCGCUUGGAACCGCUGCUGACUCAGGCUCUCACUCCUCUGCCGCACAACCCACCUCUGCUCUCCCUGCCACACACGGGUACCCCCCCUCGCCUCCUCCCCUGCACCGCUCGCUCUCAGACCCACACACCCCUCGCCCCCCCACAGCGCCCUUCCCCCUCGUCUCUCCGCCCUCCCCCGGCACCCUCUCAGCGCCGCGCUCGCCAGCCCCCCCACCCUCUGCGCGCGCCCUGGGCUUUGCGUGCGCGCGCCGCCCCUUCAUGCUGCCGCCCGACUGGCACAUGCCCUCCGGUGCUGCUGAGAGCGCUUGGAGGCCGCGCACUGCAGAGGGGGGGAGAGGAGGGAGGGGUGUGCGGGCGUUGACGUCAGUGGGGCACCGGGGGCUGCUGCCACGGGGCGUGCAUGCAGGGGGGCCAGCAGCAGCGGCAGCAGCAGCAGCCGGGGGCGCAGGCAGCCAUUCUGCUCUGACGGCGCGGGAGGUGCUGGCGGCGCUGCGGCGCGUGCCGGGGCCGUACAGCUCAGGGCGGUUCGACGAGGUGGAGGGCGUCGAUGACGCCCUGCUGGGCGCCGCUGCCACGCCGCGCUUAGCAGGGGGAGGCGCGGGUGGUGGCGGUGGUGGGCGGCGGAAGAGGUUCAGCGUGCUGGCUGUGGCGCGGGAGGUGGUGGAGCGGGACGGGGCAGGGGGAGGUGGGGGCAGUGGUGAUUAUGCGAGUGGAGGGGACGGGGAGAGAGGAAAAGGUGGUGGUGCGGAGGAGGGCGGAGGAGAAGUUGAGGAAGGCAGGGAGGACUCAGAGAUCGAUGGCGAUGGGGAGGGCGAGGAGGCGGCACGUGUGCGUAUGGAGUGGAGGCGGGUGAGGAAGGAGAGGCAGCUGGUGGAGCAGGAGAGGGGCGAGGUGCAGCGCGUGCAGGGCGAGGUGGCACGCUUCAAGCAGUGGGCACAGGAGGAGCAGCAGCGGCUGCAGGAGGAGAAGCAAAAGGUGGAGGCGGACAAGCAGCGCCUGGCGCCCUUUGAGGCGCGCCACCGCGCCUGCCAGCACCGCAUCGCAGCGCAGGACGCCGCCACGGCCGCCCUGCGAGCGCAGGCCAGCGCGGCCGCCACGGCCACGGCGCAUGUGGCAGCGCACACGCACGCCCUGCGCUGCCACCUCGCCUCCGCCGCCCACCUCCUCGCCGCCACCAAGCAGCGCCUCGCUCACGACCGCGCCUCCGUGGCUGGCGCUCUGGCUCGGGCUGCCGAGGCUGAGGAGCGGGCGCAGGCUGCGGAGAGGAGGUUCGGGAAGAUGCCGUGGGAGGUGCGGAGCGCUAGUGGCGUGGCGCGGGCGGUGCAUGGCGUGGCGGGCCGGCAUGGGUCGUACUUGCAGCGCCUGCACGCCCCCGCCAUGCGCCUGGCUCGCGUGGUGGCCAUGGCAUGGCGGGGCGGCACGGGUGAGGGGGCGGGGAAGGGGGCGGGGGUGGAGGAGAAAGAGGAGUUGUGGGGCGAAGUGGGGGAAAUGGCGGAGGGGCGAGAGGAGGGCGUGCACGGGGGAGGGGAGGAGGGGGAGGGGAAUGCAUGGCCAGGGUGGAGUGCGAGCAAGGAAGGGAUGGUGGCGGGAGAGGGACAGCGAAGCGAGCAGCGAUGUGUGGAGGGCAAGGCGCGUGGGUUGAAAGGGGAGCAGGUGGCAGGCGUGGCGCGCGAGGUGAUGCGCGCGCUGCUGCUGGCAGCCCGGGCGGCGAGCGACAACGCCUCGCGGGUGCUGUUCUGGUGGUCCAACACGGCCCUGCUGCGCUCCGCGCUGGCGCCCCUGGUGGCGGAGGAGCAGAGGAGGAAAGGGGAGGAGGGCAGGACGGGUGAGGGGGCCACAGGUGAAGGAGGGGCAGGUGGUGGUGGUGUUGGGAAUGGUGGUGGUGGUGCGAAUGGUGGUGGUGGUGCGAAUGGUGGUGGUGGUGCGAAUGGUGGUGGUGGUGCGAAUGGUGGUGGUGGUGCGAAUGGUGGUGGUGCUGCGAAUGGUGGUGGUGCUGCGAAUGGUGGUGGUGCUGCGAAUGGUGGUGGUGGUGCGAAUGGUGGUGGUGCUGCGAAUGGUGGUGGUGCUGCGAAUGGUGGUGGUGCUGCGAAUGGUGGUGGUGGUGCGAAUGGUGGUGGUGGUGCGAAUGGUGGUGGUGGUGCGAAUGGUGGUGGUGCUGCGAAUGGUGGUGGUGGUGCGAAUGGUGGUGGUGCUGCGAAUGGUGGUGGUGGUGCGAAUGGUGGUGGUGGUGCGAAUGGUGGUGGUGCUGCGAAUGGUGGUGGUGCAUGCUGGCCCGGCACAGGUGAUGGCGACCGGGGAGAGCACCCGGAGCACCCAGAGCGCCCUGAGGACCCGUGGGGCAGCUUGGCUCACCUUGAUUCGCAGCUGCUGCAGCUGGAGCAAUGGCAGCACGACAGGUGUCUGCACCUGGUGUGGACACGUGUCUUCCUGCCAGCCAUGCAGCAGCGCCCCCCUGUGCUGCCGCCUCCCUUCCACCCGCCAUCACACACCCCCCCGUUCACCCCCUCGUGGUCCUCUGCCUUGCUCUGCUCCACCUCUGCCGCCCAGCAGUCGUCCCUCUGGCCCUUCUCCACCCCUGCGCCCCCGCCGCCCUCACUCAGAGCGGAGGAGGUGCAGGCGCCCUGGUGGGCGGGGCUGAGUGGUACAGAGCGGUGGGUGGCGGUGCUGCACGAGGCGGCUGCCAUGCUGUGCCCCCACAGGGCCAUGGGGCACCACUGCGGCUGCCUUUACCCUCUUUUUAAGCAGCAGCUCGACACUUGUGCUCCACCUUCGUCCCCCUCUUCCCAUGCCUUUCCACCUUCGUCCCCCUCUUCCCAUGCCUUUCCACCUUCGUCCCCCUCUUCCCAUGCCUUUCCACCUUCGUCCCCCUCUUCCCAUGCCUUUCCACCUUCGUCCCCCUCUUCCCAUGCCUUUCCACCUUCGUCCCCCUCUUCCCAUGCCUUUCCACCUUCGUCCCCCUCUUCCCAUGCCUUUCCACCUUCGUCCCCCUCUUCCCAUGCCUUUCCACCUUCGUCCCCCUCUUCCCAUGCCUUUCCACCUUCGUCCCCCUCUUCCCAUGCCUUUCCACCUUCGUCCCCCUCUUCCCAUGCCUUUCCACCUUCGUCCCCCUCUUCCCAUGCCUUUCCACCUUCGUCCCCCUCUUCCCAUGCCUUUCCACCUUCGUCCCCCUCUUCCCAUGCCUUUCCACCUUCGUCCCCCUCUUCCCAUGCCUUUCCACCUUCGUCCCCCUCUUCCCAUGCCUUUCCACCUUCGUCCCCCUCUUCCCAUGCCUUUCCACCUUCGUCCCCCUCUUCCCAUGCCUUUCCACCUUCGUCCCCCUCUUCCCAUGCCUUUCCACCUUCGUCCCCCUCUUCCCAUGCCUUUCCACCUUCGUCCCCCUCUUCCCAUGCCUUUCCACCUUCGUCCCCCUCUUCCCAUGCCUUUCCACCUUCGUCCCCCUCUUCCCAUGCCUUUCCACCUUCGUCCCCCUCUUCCCAUGCCUUUCCACCUUCGUCCCCCUCUUCCCAUGCCUUUCCACCUUCGUCCCCCUCUUCCCAUGCCUUUCCACCUUCGUCCCCCUCUUCCCAUGCCUUUCCACCUUCGUCCCCCUCUUCCCAUGCCUUUCCACCUUCGUCCCCCUCUUCCCAUGCCUUUCCACCUUCGUCCCCCUCUUCCCAUCCCUUUCCACCUUCGUCCCCCUCUUCCCAUGCCUUUCCACCUUCGUCCCCCUCUUCCCAUGCCUUUCCACCUUCGUCCCCCUCUUCCCAUGCCUUUCCACCUUCGUCCCCCUCUUCCCAUGCCUUUCCCUGCUCCGCCUCACACACCCUCUCUCUCUCUCUCUCCCUUUCACCACCCCUCUUCACCAUCCCCUUCGCCCUCCCCCCACACCAGGUGCUGCAGCAGUGCCAGCAGCGGCUGGACGCGGCACUCUUCAACGCGCUGCUGCGCUCCGGCAACGACGUGCUCUCCACCGACCCUGCCGCCGACCCUCUCACCGACCCUGCCGCCCUGCCCUUCCCCGCCAAUGGCCGCUUCUGGGCCGCCCAAGGGGGGCUGCUGAAACACACUGUGUCGGAGUGGACUGACUUCCUCGCAGACAUGGACGCGCAUGUCGCCUCACACUGCCACGCCGCCGCCGCUGCUGCUGCCACACAUCCCGGGGCCGCCCGCGCUUCGCCCCCGUCGCCCAUCGUCCCCCCGCCCACCAUCCCGCUCACCUUGCUCUCCUCCGCUCGCUUCUGGGCGGGCCAGCUGGAGCUCUUUGAUUGGCCAGAGGGCGCAGAGGGGCAGGGCGGGGCAGGAAAGCAAGGACAUGGAAAUGGACUGGUGGGGCAGGGAGAGGGGUGGAGAGCGGUGAUAGGUGGUGAUGCCAUGGCAGGUGCAGCGGCGCGGAGCAGUGGGGGGUGUGAAGCGGGCACGGGUCAGAGAGGGCACGACCCCGCGGCGCUGCUGCUGCUGGAAGGGCGCGAGGGGAAAGGAGGGGAGGAGAGAGGCGUGGAGCAGCAGCUGAUAGGCGGGCGGGUGGAGUGCUUCCCACUGCUGCGCGCGCUGGCCCACGUGCUGCUGCUGCCCAAGAAGGCCCUCUGCGACCGCCCUGUGCGCCGCGAGGUGUACGCCACCAUCCCGGCGCCGCUGCUGCAGCGCGUCGUGAGCAUGUGUGUGGAGCAGCCGUCCCACCCCGACCCCAUCCCUCCCGUGCUGCUCGACAUGCUGCAUGCCGAGGUGAGUGCUGCAUGCCGAGGUGAGUGCUGCAUGCCGAGGUGA